CAAGACGCGGCGUGACGGCGACGCUUCCUUCAACACUUCCGUUCGCUAACGGCGAAGGAUCGAGGGCGGUGGAGGAGGGCAUAUUCGUUAUUUUCUCGCCAAUCGAUCCAGGCCCUUUUCUUCUAUAGACGCUCGUGAUAGCAAUUCUUCUUCUCUCGACGCGAAAACCCUUUUCUGUUCGAUCACUCACGCCGAAAGAGAGAGAUGGGGCUGAUUUCUAACAGAGUGGACAAGAAGAACCUCAAACCCGGAGAUCACAUCUACUCCUGGAGGGCCGCCUAUAUCUACGCCCAUCAUGGCAUCUAUGUUGGAGAUGAUAAAGUCAUCCAUUUUACAAGACGGGGCCAGGAAGUAGGAACGGGAACUGUGCUGGAUGUCCUUGUGACGAGCUCGGUACCGGCCCGAGCUCAAGUACCCUGCUCCACCUGUAACCCACCGGAAGAGGGUCAUCAUGGGGUUAUAUCCUCAUGCCUGAACUGUUUCCUCGCCGGAGGUGUUCUCUACUGUUUCGAGUAUGCUGUCCCACCCGCUCUCUUUCUUGCAAAAGCGCGUGGUGGAACUUGCACUCUUGCUGCUUCAGAUCCAGACGACAUUGUGGUCCAUCGCGCAAAGCACCUUCUUAACAAUGGCUUUGGAUGUUAUAACGUAUUCAAGAACAACUGUGAAGACUUUGCCAUCUACUGCAAGACAGGGUUACUUGUUCUGGAUCAAAGUACAAUGGGGCAGAGUGGGCAAGCUGUUUCAUUCGUGGGUGGGCCGAUUGCAGCUGUUUUGUCUACUCCAUUAACGCUUAUCACCACAAAUGCCUAUGGGAUGGCCGCUACAGCAUUUGGAGUCUACUGUGCAAGCCGGUAUGCUGCGGACAUUGGCAUGAGAAGAGAUGUGGCUAAGGUCUCUGUCGAGGACUUGACAACAAGGCUAGCAGCAGGUGCACUACAGAUUACAGAACCGAAUCUCCCGGCUUUGCUACCUCAUGCCCGGUAGACUGGCUGCUGUAUUGCAUCAUAACUAUUAUGUGUUUGCGUUAUUUAAUACCAGGAUGGGUAUAUAGUAUUGGCACCCUCCAAUAUGAUAAGAGACUGAAAUGAGAUUUGGAAUGUUAUAGUUCUAUUAAGUUUGUGCGAGGGGAUUGCUUUCA